ACUUCAUCUUCUGAUGCUUGUGGAAAUUCAGUGUUCAGUUGGCUACAAGAUUGGCCACAAUUUUUUUGCAGCAUAUUUUUUAAAUAUCAUAAUUAUGUUGUCUCAUUCCCUGUCAUAAAGUUACAGGUUUCUUGAUGCCAAUGCUUGCCCCCAAUUAAGGCCUUUUUGAAUAGUUUUAGUUGCACUACUUCUGUGUUUCUUUUUAUACUGGAGUCUACUUGUUAUGCAACCGGACAGUCGGUUGCAAAUUUUUUCAGCAUCAAUUUACAUUUGGAGGAACUGUUGUGAUUUUUCUUGUUUGUUUCCAGUGUAAUGCUGUAAUGUUGAACCAAAAACUUCAGAGCAGUUUGCAUUGUUUGUUAUUUUUCAUUUUGUACACCGGAUUUAUGUGGUCAUCAGAGUACAAAGUUGAAAUUCCAAAAGAAUAUAAUAAUACAGUCUGAAUAUUUAGAGGCAGCAGUUUCUCAUUUUGCAAUAAUGUCUUGCAGAUAUGCGAUCUUUCUCAAGUUAGUUUUCUUUUUGUUCACAAGACCGUAAAUGCAUUUUUUAACUUUUUAAAUCAUAUCCAUGAUUGUUAAUUCUGUUUCGUGCUGCUGAACACCUUCUGGUUUAUGCUAGCCGUGUACUGUGAUUUCUUACUUAGUCAUAGUGGUGAUAACUGAUAAGCCAAAUGGGUCAAUGGAUGUUAAGCCUUUUAUGUUCUCAUCUUUAUGUGAAUAUGAUUAUCAUGGAAUAUCAGGUUUCAAUUGAUGCAUUUUCAAAUUAAUUAUAUCCUUCUUUAGUACUUGCAAUUAUAUGACUUCAUGAUGUUGUUUCCAUUUAGAUUAGGUUGUGUGUAUAGAAGGGGACAAAACCUGUUGUUAAUACAAUGCCUGAAGUUGGAAACAUAGUUCACUACUUGGUCUCAAUAUACCCAUUUCCUUUAAUUGCUACUUCAUUCCCAGUUCCCUGCAGGACUAUUUUUCAUGGACGUCAUAAAGAGAAAAAGGAAGAAGUGGCAGAGCCAGAGGUUGAUCCUGAGCGGGAUCAGCGCACUGUUUUUGCUUAUCAGAUCAGUUUGAAGGCAGAUGAAAGAGACGUGUAUGAUUUCUUCUCACGGGCUGGGAAGGUGCGAGAUGUACGCCUCAUAAUGGACCGCAAUUCAAGACGUUCCAAGGGAGUCGGGUACAUUGAAUUUUUUGAUUCAAUGUCAGUCCCUAUGGCAAUAGCUCUUUCUGGUCAGCCUCUUCUUGGGCAACCAGUGAUGGUUAAACCUUCAGAAGCUGAAAAGAAUUUGGUUCAGUCGACUACAUCUGUGGCUGGUGGGGUUGGUGGGCUUAUCGGCCCUUAUUCGGGGGGAGCUAGAAGGCUGUACAUCGGCAAUCUGCAUUUCAAUAUAAAAGAAGACCAACUUCGUCAGGUUUUUGAACCAUUUGGUAUCGUGGAGUUGGUGCAGUUACCCAGUGACCCUGAGACGGGACAUAGCAAAGGUUUUGGUUUUGUUCAGUUCGCACGUCUUGAAGAUGCUAGGGCUGCACAGAGUUUGAAUGGACAACUGGAGAUUGCAGGCCGACUUAUCAAGGUUUCAGCUGUUUCUGAUCAACCUGGGAUGCAAGAUUUUGGGGCAAAUGCUGGUGAUUUUGAUGAUGAUGAAGGCGGUGGUUUGUCUCUGAAUGCACGCUCUCGAGCACUCCUCAUGCAGAAGCUGGAUCGGAGUGGCUUCGCUACAAGCAUUGGUGGUCCCUUAGGUACCCAUGUUGUUAGUAGUCCUAGCCUUGCGCUACCAACUGCACCAAUUCUUGGCGCCGCACCUGCAGUUCCUUCCCUUGUUGCUCCUCUUGUACAGUCUUCUGUUCCUGGACUUGCAGGAUUGUCAGGUGCAGGUCUUUCAGUUCCAACUGUCACACUACCUUCAGUUGAUACCAUUGGGGUCCCAAGUGAAUGCUUAUUGUUGAAGAAUAUGUUUGAUCCAAAAUUAGAGAUGGAACCUGAUUUUGAUAUGGAUAUUAAAGACGAUGUUCAACAUGAAUGUUCGAAGUUUGGAAGUCUGAAACAUAUUUAUGUGGACAAGAACAGUGCUGGGUUUGUAUACCUGCGAUUUGAAAAUACACAACCUGCCGAGGGUGCCCAACGUUCCCUCCACGGGAGAUGGUUUGCUGGGAAAAUGAUCACUGCAACGUUUAUGCUGCCCCAGAAUUACGAGGCAAAAUUUCCUGACAGCAGAUAGGAUGCAAGAUUGUGGAUGUAACUGUCGUCCAAAAUAAGUAUUGCAUAUUUACGUGACUUAUUGAAUAUACUGUACCACUGUCCACAUUAGCUGUUGUGUUGUGGUAUCGUAGGGGUGUGGCUUUGUGUUACAGAAUGAUAGUUAUCCUCAGUGGCAGCAACAAAUGACUGUAGACAAAAGAACCAAGUGGCUUACUUAUUUCAUAAAAAUUCUAGUGUUUUUUAUAUUUUUCCUUUUUAGCGAGGGAAUGUCUCAUAUUUAUUGUUUGUUGCCCUCUUGUUGUACGUUGUUACAGAAACAAUCAUAAUGGAUUGGGAAGAAGAUUUACACAAAACGGAUGAGCAGCUGAUGAGAUGAAUAUGAUGAUAGUGGCCCAUUGUCGAAUGAUAUAGCAUUUGUGCUUAUUCUCUGUUUAUCAAGGAUUAUAAAAUGAAUAUGCUUCUGUACCCGCUGGAUAUGUAUAUCAAUUUAUCAAACAUGUAAACAUCCAAUUUUGGCCCCUGUACAUGUGUCGGAUAUCCUCAAAUACAGAACUGUUAGGUUUUCAUCAA